UUUCUCCUCUUCAUUUGCAGAUUAAGCUCAAAUCCAUUGAUGCAUUGUCGCUGUCGAAAUGGGGAAAUUACUUUCGAAAAUUUUUGGUAACAAAGAAAUGCGCAUUUUAAUGUUAGGACUGGAUGCAGCAGGCAAAACAACUAUUUUAUACAAAUUAAAAUUGGGUCAAUCUGUGACCACAAUACCCACGGUUGGCUUUAAUGUGGAAACAGUUACCUAUAAAAAUGUCAAAUUCAAUGUCUGGGAUGUUGGUGGACAAGAUAAGAUAAGGCCACUGUGGCGGCACUAUUAUACUGGUACGCAAGGUCUUAUAUUCGUUGUAGAUUGUGCGGAUCGCGAUCGUAUCGAUGAAGCGAGAACAGAAUUACAUCGAAUUAUAAACGAUAGGGAAAUGCGUGAUGCCAUUAUUUUAAUAUUUGCUAAUAAACAAGAUUUAGCGGAUGCAAUGAAACCUCAUGAGAUUCAAGAAAAAUUAGGUUUAACUAGAAUACGUGAUCGCAAUUGGUAUGUGCAACCUUCCUGUGCAACAACCGGUGAUGGCCUAUAUGAGGGCCUGACGUGGCUUACAUCCAAUCACAAGUUAUGAGAAUAAUUUUCAUAAAAAAAAAUUAAAAUUAAAAACA